AUGAGUCACAGGUUUAGCUCUCAGUCUGCUUUUAGCUCGAGAAGCAGGAGGGCCUACAGCAGCAGGUCCUCCUCGGGCUUUGGCGGUGGGCGACAGGUUGUGGGAUCUGUGUGCCAGUCACGCGGGAGGUGCAGCGGCGGUGGUUAUGGAGGGGGGUUUAGCUCCCGGAGUCUCUACAAUCUGGGCGGUAGUAAAAGCAUCUUUGGGAGCCUAGUAGGGAGAAGCGCCAGUGGUUUUUGCCCUGGGGGAGGAGCAGGAGGAUUUGGAGCAGGAAGAAGUUUUGGGGGUGGUGGCUUUGGAGGCGGUGGCUAUGGUGGUGGCAGAUUUGGAGGUGGCUUUGGGGGUGCUGGAUUUGGUGCUGGAUUUGGUGGGUUUGGCGGAUUCGGUCCGUCUUUUCCUCCUGGGGGUAUCCAUGAGGUGACUAUUAACCAGAGCCUCCUGGAACCCCUACACCUGGAGGUAGACCCUGAAAUUCAAAGAGUCAAGAACCAGGAGCGUGAGCAGAUCAAGACUCUCAACAACAAGUUUGCCUCCUUCAUCGACAAGGUGCGCUUCCUGGAGCAACAGAACCAGGUGCUACAGACAAAAUGGGAGCUGCUGCAGCAGGUGAACACCACGACUCGAACCAGCAGCCUGGAGCCCAUCUUCGAGAGUUACAUCAGCCAACUGCAGAGGCAGGUGGAUUUUCUGAACUCUGAGCGGUCGCGCCAAAACUUGGAGAUCAGGAGCAUGCAGGAUGUCGUGGAGGACUACAAGAGCAAGUAUGAGGAUGAAAUCAACAAGCGGACCAAUGCUGAGAACGACUUUGUUGUUAUGAAGAAGGAUGUGGAUGCUGCUUUCAUGGGCAAAUCAGACCUGCAGUCCAAAGUGGACACGCUGUAUGGGGAAGUCAACUUCCUGAAAUAUCUAUUUGAUACGGAGCUGUCCCAGAUGCAGACACACAUCAGUGACACCAAUGUCAUCUUGUCGAUGGACAACAAUCGCUCGCUGGACCUGGACAGCAUCAUCGAUGCAGUGCGAGUCCAAUAUGAGCUGAUCGCACAGAAGAGCAAGGAUGAGGCCGAGGCACUGUACCAGACCAAGUACCAGGAACUGCAGAUCACAGCCGGGAAACAUGGAGAUGACCUGAAGAACAGCAAGAUGGAGAUCUCAGAGCUCAACCGCAACAUCCAGAGGCUGCAGGCGGAGAUCAACAGCGUCAAGAAGCAGAUCGAACAGAUGCACGGAUCCAUUUCUGAUGCAGAGGAGAGAGGAGAAAGGGCUCUCCAGGAUGCAAAGCAAAAGCUGCAAGACAUGGACGAGGCUCUCCAACAGUCUAAGGAGGAGCUGGCCAGGCUGCUGAGAGACUACCAGGCAAUGCUGGGGGCCAAGCUGUCCUUGGAUGUGGAGAUCGCCACCUACCGCCAGCUGCUGGAGGGCGAGGAGAGCAGGAUGUCGGGGGAGCUACAGAGUCAAGUGAGCAUCUCUGUGCAGAGCAGUCAGGUGACUGUAGGCGGCGGCAGCUACGGUGGCGGCAGCGGCGGGGGUUCAGGCGGUUACGGCGGUGGAUACGGCAGUAGCUCCCGCGGGGGCAGCGGCGGUUACGGAGGAGGAGCAGGCUCCCGCGGGGGCGGCGGGAGCUACGGCUCGAGCAGCAAAAGCAGCAGCAAAUACAGCGGCGGCGGCGGCGGCCGGAGCGGCGGCUCCUCCCGCACUCAGAUAGUGCAGACCUCCACCCACAGUUCGCGCAGGCGCGUGGUGGAGUAGCGGGAAAGCGGCUUCAGUACCUCUCCUGCCGCCCUCCCCCCGACGCCCUCCCGGGCUCUCUCACCUACCUUUUCCCAACGGGUCUCAGCAAGCUUCCAGGUCACUUCGCUCUAGGUGGGGAAGCAGGUCAGAUUUACCGCCUCUUUAUUUCGUUAAAGACACAUGCUCACUCCGGCACCACUCCGCUGUCCCUCCACUGUCCUGAUACCCAGGGGCCUUGCCCAACAACGAAGAAAAAGAGCUUGGAGAAAAACUUCACUAGGGGCCUCAGACCCAGGUCCCUUUUUCUCAAACUGGGUAGCUCAGUAAAUAAUAACCCCUCACCCACAGCGGCCUUCUGAAAUCUCCCCUCAAAGAAACCUAUUGCAAUGCAAGUUUGUUUAGCCAGGGGCACAUCUGAGACAAGGGCCAUGGGGAGGGGGCUUGCUCUGUAGCCUUAUGCUCCCUCACCAUGAUGGCAAGGGUGGGUUUGUUGUUCAGAUUCGGUACCUGUAGGUCAUGCCCGUGCUGAUCUAUUUUGUCUCCUGGGUUAACAGCCCCAAGUAGGGAUCGUUCAGUGAGCAUGGGAACUGGAGCCCUUGUCCAAGGAAUGGCUGUUCUCAGCAGUGGGUGUGGGUGGUAUGGGAUUGACAAUUACGGUCUGUUUCUGUCCCUCCCCCUUCCAGCAGCCCCUGUAUUUGGAGCCAGCUCCUUCCAGAACUCUGUUCCAAAAGGACGUGCUGAGAAUUGCCCAAACAUUGGGCACCGGUAGGACAGCCUGGCCCUGAGGAAUGAGAGAUGUUGCCUUGGGUUGGGGAGAGAUCCAACCUUAAGCCAGUCUGGAAAUGGCCCGGGUUUUAGCAGGCAACCCAAUGCUCUCUCUCAGAACUCCUAAGUCCCUUCUGAACUCUGAUUCUAAGUUGUCAGACUUGAACUCCUAAUUUAAAAUUUAAUUUACAGUUCUCUGAAAAAAAUCCUUGAACUGUGCCGAGGAGGCAGGAAGAAAAAAGCACAACCUAUGAAGAGCCACUAGAGAGGGAAUUGGCUUUGCUUCUAAGUUCUGGAGACCCCUUCACUGGCUUGCUGAGCCUGUAAUUUUGUCUGGAAGGGCUUCUCUGUAGGGAUCCCUGGGGAAUGCUGUGACUUCAUUGCCUGUUGGAAGCUGAACUUUGAAGGGCUUGGCAGUUCUGCUUUUUUC